AUGAUAAAAAAACUAUUAAGCUCUUUUAAGUUUUUGAACAAUUAACAACUUUAUAAAUUUUCUUCUAAGCCCUUAAAUUAAAUAUUUACUGAACAUCAUCUUAAUGAUUUUUAGGAAAAUGGAGCAACACUUGUUCACAAUGCUGUUACGGAAUAAAUGGUUGAAGAACUUAUUAAUUAGUGCAAAACUAUAAUGAAAAGCAAUAAUUUCAUGGAGAAAAGGGUUUGCUUUAGUAAAGGUGAGUUAGAAGUUGCUUAGAGCUUCAUAAAUUCUGGGGAUCAAAUUGGGUUUUUCUUUGAACCAAAUGUAUUUGAUGAACACAAUAACUUGAAAGUACCAGAAGACCAAGUACUCAAUAAAAUGGGUCAUGCAUUGCAUGACUUAGAUCCAGUAUUCGAAAAGUUUAGCUAUACACCACUUCUAUAAUAUAUUCUAAAAUAGCUUGGAUAUCAGAAACCUUAAUGCAUUCAGAGCAUGUACAUUUUCAAAAACUAAAAAGUUGGAACACCAGUUGCUCCUCAUGCUGAUAAUACAUUUCUGAUGACUAUACCUCAAUCUUCAGCUCUAGGAUUUUGGUUUGCUUUGCACGAUGCAACAAUUGAAAACGGAUGUAUGUGGGGUAUUCCAGGUAGUCACAAAAAUCCAACUACUCACUUUUAUCACAGAAAUGAUACAGGAGAUAAACUAUUCUAUACUGGUAAAGAAAAAUAAUACGAUGCAUCAAAAGCUGUUCCUAUAGAAGUUAAAAGAGGAUCUAUGUUUAUCUUCCAUGGAGAUUAUAUUCACUUAUCUAAACAUAAUUAGUCUAGUCUUCCACGCCAUGCUUAUGCCCUUCAUUUCAUAGAUUCAUAAGGAUAUAAGUGGCACGAAAGGAAUUGGCUAUAACGUCGUCCUCAUUUACCAUUCAGAGAUUAUAAUUAAGUUGUCUCUAAUCUUUAAUCUGGUUCAAGCAUUUAAGCUUGA